CAAGAUCCCAUUCAAGUUCAUAGUUCAUUGCUCCAAGUUUGACAGAUAAGGAACAGCUGCUCUGUUUAUGUUGAAAGUGGUAUCAAAAGACAAUGGUGAAGCAAUUAUUUUUAACUGCAAAUGCGCUAAGAGUGUAGACAAACCGAUUAUCCUAUUACACAUCAAUGUGCGCGCAGUCUUAAAUAUUUCAAUAUUAGUAUCUUCAACAUUUCAAUGGAUGAUCAAACAUGUGAAAGUGUUAUUUCAAUAUGAUUCUUUCUUUAUCUCGAAUCUCUUUGAAUGAAGGAUUUAGUUUUACAACGUUAAUCAGAUUAUUUAUCUUUUGAUAAAUAGAUUUUAUAGAAGGUAGUCACGUAUUGUUGAUUAUGCAUUUCUCAAUACCUGAUACUCAGGACAUCAGUGAAGAAAGUGGUUCUUCGUAUGUGGGAUAUAAUAUACAUAUCAAUGGGAUCUACCACUGCACGGUGAGAUACAAACAAUUGCACAAUCUGAAUGAACAGUUGAAGAAAAUACAUGGCGCUAACAAUGUACCUGAAUUCCCGCCAAAAAAGUUCCUUCCACUCUCCUCAAGUCAGUUGGAAGAGCGACGAGCUUAUCUGGAAAAGUACAUUCAGUCAGUGGGUCAAACGCCUCAUCUGAUGAAUACAGAAAUUUUCAACGGGUUUCUGUUCUCCGCUCAACAAGAAUCGUUCCAUGACAAGUGCCAACAAGUAUCACUCGACGUCUUCCUAAUGAAUGGAUAUAAAAUAACCAUCGACGCCAAUACUAAUGAACGGACUGAUCAAAUUUUAGAGAAAGUUUGCUGCCAUAUCGGAUUACCCACCAAUUAUAUGUUCUAUUUCUCUUUGUUCCUUAUAAGCCGUGAAGAUGAUGGCGAUAUCAUAAUUACAAGAAAGUUGCAAAAUUUCGAAUCUCCUUACAUAUCAAAGAAGUCUCUUCAGGGCAACCAUAGAAUCUUCCUGCGGAAAAGCUAUUGGGAUCCUGGCUACGAUGUGGAGAUAAUGACUGACAAAGUGGGUUUGAAUCUUCUCUAUACUCAGACUGUUUCUGAUGUGGAGAGAGGUUGGAUUGUCUGCAGUAAAGAUACCAGCUCGCACCUUGCCACUCUUCAAGCUACUGGAGCAAAGAAACAGUAUUUGGAUGUUGCAAGAACACUAAAAUACUACGGCUACGUACAGUUCCAACCGUGUACCUGCGAUUAUCCGUAUCCUGGUGCAGCUGUGAUCGUCAGUGCUGGCUACAGAGAACUCAAUUUGCGGGUCACAUUGGACAAUGGAGAAAUCAAAGAAGGCUGCUUCAAAGUAACUCGUAUGAGGUGCUGGCGUAUCACAACGCACAAUGAGAGAAUAGAGGACGGACAGCGUAAGGAACAAGUUCUAGAAUUGGGAUUCGAAUAUCUGAUGGCGAGAGACAAGCUGCAGUGGAUCACCAUAACCAGUAACCAGGCAAUACUCAUAUCUGUGUGCUUGCAGUCCAUUGUUGACGAGCUUCUACUCAAGAAAACUGGCAUGAAGUUCAAUCAGCGCAACGAAGAUGCUAGAUUCGAAGGUGAAGCAUUCAAUUACAUGAAGCGAGAUGGCAGCAGUCAACGAAUUAGCUUGAGCUUGAGUCAGUCCAGUUCAAGUCUUUCUGAUGGACAUCCAGAUUCAACCCCGAAAUCACCAGUCAGAAACAGUGAGCCGACGCUUUCUAUAAGGAAAUUAUCGGACAAAUUAUCAGCAAUCAAUUUGAAGCAAACAGUAAACAGGGUUCAACCUCUCAUGGAAAACGACGCAUUCGAAGGAAUUGGGGAUGAUGAUCUCUAAUUGGUUAUUUAAUUGCUCAUGUUUUUAUUAAUUUUUGCAUUUAUAAUGGUUCAAAAAUAUUUUAGAUGUUUAUUUAUAACGAUUUGACAAUGAUAGCAGGUCUAAGAUUAGGUAUAUAAUUUUUUUAUGUAUUGUAUUUUAAUCGUCUGCAUAUUCCAACGUUAUUAUAAACUAAAUACUCUUUGUCACCUUCAUUUUGUAAAUAUUUUGCAUGAUACAUCUAAUCUGUUUAUACUGGUUUCAUGUGUAGCUGACUUGAUGGUGGUGAGGUAUAGUCAUUAUUUUUCAAAUUGUAAAGCUUUGUAAAUUGUGUAGGAGCCAAUAAAAAAACUCCCUUUCAAUCUGAACAAGUUAAUCAAACUUAAUAUUUUUUAUAAUGAUAAAAACUUAUGAACUUUUCUUGAGAUCCUACCUUUUCAUUUUAUACUACCAACAAUAAAGGCGUUUUCUUAAUAUCUCAUCAAAUCUUGCGUCCAAUCAUACUUUGUUCUAUUGAGUGCCUUUUCAAUAAAAAAUUCAGCUUCAUAGUUUUCAUAAUGCGUCAUAGUAGGGAAACUCAAAUCUAUUUUUGGAAAUGCAAAACUGAUUAUGCUUCAUUGAAAUAUGAAUUUAAUGCGAUAAAAUUGCAUGCUUGCUAUGAAAAAUAUAAUGUAGUAAAUUUGUGUUCUUCCAUAUCACACAGAGUAGCCUACUUCUAAAAGUGGUUAGUAAAACUGUGCAUGGUGCAAACCACUGAAUUGUUUUCCAAGGUUUUUUCUUGGGAGAUCUUUUCGUCAUUUUAUUGGCAUCGUGUCAAAAUCAUAUCAUCCUGUCAUUUUUUAAUUAUUCUCAAUGAUGAAAAUUUAUAUUUGCUAUAAAAAUAGUUUCUGAGUUUUUAGUUGGAUUAAUAGUCUUAUUAAUUGUAUUUACAUUUUGAAUAUAUCCUAAAACAAAAGUUAUUGCAAUCACAAUAAAAUAUUCCUGUUAUCCAGACAUAAGUCAUAUUUAAACUAAUUUCAUGUUAUACUAAUCAAACAUUGACCUUGGCACCACUUAGUUGAAAGUGGCUCACCAAAAAAUGUGUCCAAUCUUUUGGUAUCUAGAGUGAAGGGUGAAUCAAUAUUUUGGAAAGUACCUAUCGAAAGUUUGAAGUAUUAAUUGUUUUUCUUGGCAGGAUUACUAUUUUUAAAGGUGCUGUAUCUUUAUGACGAUGGAGAAAACACCAUCUUAAUUUCUGCAUUAUCAAAAUAAGUGGUAGGCCUAAUAGCUGCCCACGCUCUUAAUUUCUUCUGACAAUUUAAAUACCAUUUAAUUACAAUACUAUACAAUCAUAAUUAAUCAAUUAUCUCUAUGAAUGCAGGUGCGUUAACGAGAGUGAGUGAGAUUUAAUACAUUAACUAUCAAAAUAUUUACAAAAAGGUCAGUUUAAUAAAUAAUAUGCAAUGUCAUUGUUUUAUAACAGGUAUCUUUUAGAUCGCUCAAUGAAAUACCAAAUGCGUCCAUAAUUUUAUAAUAUAAUGUGUAAUAUUUCAUACAUUUAAUCCUCUUCUACGUUCCUUUUCCUAGAACUUCCAAAAUAUGAUGUAAUAAAAUUAUUAGAAAAGAAUCGUGGUUCUAAAACAGUCCUACUUUGUACUAAUCCAACUUUUUUCGUUUUCACCUUGGUACCUAUAAUUUAAAAGUGGCCAACAGGCUAUUGGCUUUUAGGCUAACCGAAAAGAAGAAAGAAGCUAAGUUGCCAGCGCCAGCUUUUACACGUGAAAAUUUAUUUGUAAAUCAGUCAGAAAAUUGUAAAAUUAAAAGGAGUACAAAAGAUAUAUUUAUGUUCAUUUGAAGUACAAAUUUGUUAAUAGUUAAUGAAAAUGACAGUACUUAAGCCAAGUCUGUUUACUACUAUGAUGUUUUAAAAACGGUACAAUACACUCAGUAAGAAACACUAAUAUCGCACAGUUAUGUGUAACAUUCAUAAAGUCCUGUAUUCCAAAUUGUCCAGUAUUUCAACUUUUCGUUAUUUGUGUUUACUAUCUAAAAUUAUCAAAACAUUUCGAAUAAUAUAAACUUAUUACCAUUCAAAAGGAAACAUAAUCUUUCCUUUUACCUUUUAAACAAUUAAGACAGAACCUUCUAGGGUAUGUUUAUCCAAUUUUAUAGACAAGACAAAUUGAAACCCAGCCGAUCUGUGGAACUUACAUAGUUAUAUUUUGGUUAUUAAAAAAACAUCAUUUUUAACUAGUGUAUUAAAAUAUUUUCCCAAUAUAACACAUUGCGAUACUUCUAGUUUCUCAAUUUUAAAAAAUUAGGCAAUUUGAGUGUAAUUGUAGAUUACUUCCGUGUAAAAUACUCGUCAAUAUGAAUUCCUGUAAAAUUAUAUUCACCGUCGAGGUUUCGAUUUGAAACUUUCGUUCUCGAAAUUUAAAGUUUUUAUUUCGUAAAAAGAUUUUAAAAUAUGCCAAUGUAAUAUGUUACUGAAUAUUGUGAGAUACUUUGGAAGUACAGUGUAUUAAUAAUUACAAAAAUUUACGUUCUUGUCAUAUCACCCACACAACUGAAAUGCUUGAAAUCUUCAAAAUUUGUUCCAUAAAAUGAGUUAUUAGCAAAACCUGUAAGUUAGUAUAAAUUAUGUGAUAAUUUUAUUUUUAUAUUAUGUGACAAACUUGAAUUUCAUCAAAAGUGUGCCAAGUAUCAAUCAAAGCAAACUGAACAUUUUGGACUGAGAAUGUUACAAAUGGAUCUUCGAAUUUUGUAGACUAUUUAAAACUGUGAAUCUGUAAUACAUUAAAUUUAAUAUGUAAAUUAUUGCUGAGUUAAGUGAUAAAUAACUAACUGAACUUUUCGAGGGUUGUUUUAAUAAUGGUGCUGUGAACAUAUACCGUACAAAUUAUAUUAUUUAUUAAUUAUUCAUUGCUCUCUUAUAUGUUAUUUAUUGUAACUUUGUUUUCCCCCAAAUCUUAUUUAAACAUUUACAGAAACUUCUAGACUUGGGUGCAAUAACUAACUAUUUACAAAAACCUUGAACCUUGGCAAACAAAAAUAGAUUCAACAGGGGUAUUAAUAAACAUGUACUCAAAUAUGUUGAUUAUGAUUUUCCUAGCAUUUCAACCAAUUAAAAUGUUUGUUCUCUCCUAUAAUUUAUAACAUUCCUUUGUGGUCUAGUGAAAUGCAUUUCUUAACUUUGACACACGGAUGGCUCUGUCUGAUUGAAACAUUCUCAAUACCUAAAAUACUUAUAAUGUAAUUCAUUUCAUUAUUUAUUGCAAAUAAUUAAAUCUAUUCGUCUAAUUACAUCAGACGUAAUGGAAUGAUAAACUAUUUCAAAUGUUUAAAAGUUUCUGUUUGUUAAUUCUAUUUUAUAUUGUACAAAUUUUCUAAAUGUAUUGUAAAAUAUCAAUAAGUCAUUGAAUGUAUUACUUGUGACUAAAUAAAGUAUUUUUACUUUUGCAA